AUGAAUUCUGGUGAGUGAACAUGUUUCAGCUGCAUUUAUUACAAUUUCAAUUUCAUUUUAUGAAUUGAAAUUCAAAACUUUUUUUUGCUCGAAUUGUUUUCAUGAAUUAAAAAUUAUUGAUCUGCCCCGCGAAUUUUCUCGGCGCCGAAUAAUUCAAUAAUUUCAAAAAAAAAAAGAAAAUUGAUUUUUUUUCUCGAGCGCAGAGCUGAAGAUGGUGUUAGAGCAACUGGUAUAAUUCUAGAACUUUAGAUUUUUCGAGAAAAAGCCCUUACUGUAUGAAAGUUGCUCUAACUUUUGAAGUUAACUUAGCGCUGUUUCAUUUCUCGCUUUUUAAUUGAAAAAAAUAUGUUUUGCAGUCGGUGGAGUAGCUACCGAACGUCGUUUACCUCCUCAACAAUCAAUCUCUUCACAAUCUCCUUCAAUCAUCAACAAUUCUUUGCUUUUUCUUCCCAACGCCACCACAAUUAUCAACGAAUCUGAAUUUCCGACGCUGGGCGCGAAAGGUUUUCGUUUUUAUUUUCUACUUGCAAUUUCUAAUCAUAAAUUUCUUACAGGAACUUCUUCUCUCGGCGGAGGAUUCUCACCGAUUCCAACAACGAGUGGAGUUGUUUUGAACGCUGCCCAAGCGAAUUCGUCACUCCUCAAAGAUUCGUCGUUUCGCGCCAAUUAUGGUAGGUUUACUAGACUGGAUAAGUAUCAAAUCUCAGACAUUUUGAUCCGCUGAUAUAAUCAGCAAGUCAAAAACUACUAUUUAUGAUUUUUAUAUCAAAACUACCAAAAAACAAGUUUUUCAUAAAACAUCGAAAAUAUUUUUGAAAAACCAAUUAUAAAAAUCAACUUCGACAUGAGAACUUGUUUUUCUAAUAACCCUUUUCAAAUAAAACUCACGCGAUUCCAUUUUCCUUGGUAGAUUUGCGCAAAAUUUCCACUCGAAAAAAAAAAUUUUCCCCGAAAAGACUACGGUACACAUUGCGUACCACACAUUUAAUCCCACGCGCACAAAUUUUAUUUUCUCUUGCAAAAAUAAAAUAUCCCGCAACACACGUUUGGUUGAAUGGAAAAGAAAAUGCUGUUUGCAGCUACUCUCAUGCGAGCCGAUCCGUCGCUGACGAACUCCGAAUUUCAAAUUCAAAACGAAGAUUUUCCGGCGCUUCCAGGUGUUGGUGGCGGCUCGCAAGCAGCAAGGCCAAUGAUGGGAAACGAUGUAAGUGUUUUUGAGGUUUGGGAUUGUUCAGUAUAGUUUUUCAAAGUUCACAAGAGAAAUCUUUUGAAUGAUGAGAAAUGCUGUGAAAAUAAUUUUCUUAGAAUGGAAGAGCAUAAGGUCACGGAAUAAAUUGUUGAUAAAGCGUAGCGAAAUGUAUUAAAACAACAACGCUAAUCACGAUUCCGUAUAUAUUCAAAGAAAUUUCUCUGGAGAUUUUUGACUUCGAGAUCGUGACGGUCGGUUUAGUAUGUUUCACCAUGUUUUAUCAAAAAAUUCUGAGUUUCACAACAUUUCUCAGAGCUGAAAAAUUUCACUGAAUUAACCCAUUAAUUCAGUUUUAUUUCUAAAAACAAACUAUGUGAACAAUUCCUAAUAAUAUAUUUUUUGCAGCUUUUGCAUCAAAUGAUGGCCGAAGACCAUCAUAAUUCUGAGAAUUAUCCUGGAAAUGAUUGCGAUGCGGCGGCAGCUUUCGGAAUUUCAAGGAAUAGCGAUGUACCAACAAAAGGUAUUAUAACUCACCCGGAUGGCGAAGUCACCAAUAUUCCACCAUCAAUGUUGGCUGAUCAAUUUGGAAUGGCUGGAUUAGUAACAUAUCUAAGGACUGUUGAUAAUCCAUCAAUUGUUUCGCUAGCACUUGGUUACGAUUUGACGACUUUAGGUCUAAACCUGAAUUUGUCUGAACGACAACUUUACACGACAUUUGGCGGACCUUGGGCUGACACCCCAAUUCGACCGCAUGAAUUGGAUGUGAAAGUGCCGGAAGAAUAUUUAACCAAUGUUCAUAUCAGGGAAAAAUUGCCACCGGUGAAAAUGAAUAAACUAUCCGAAGAUGUGCUAUUCUAUCUAUUUUAUAAUUGUCCAAGUGAAGUGUAUCAGUUGGCGGCUGCUUGUGAAUUGUGAGUUCAUUUUUUGUGGCGAUGUGGAUAGCGGAAAAUGUGUUUUUUCAAGCGUGAAACCUUUAGUGAACAAAAAUUGAAAAUCAUUUCGUAAUAAGAUUUUUUUUCAUUUUGCAUCUGCUUUUGGCCAGAUGUUCAGCAGAUUUUUUCUAACAAGGAAGAAAAUGAAAGACUUUUUUGAAACCAAAGAGACCACGUGAAAAAUGUAGCGCUCAGAGAAAUUGAGCUGACAUUUUUUGAAGUUCGCGCUUCGAGAAAUUUAGGGGAAAAUUUGAAUUUUCGAAUUUUGUACUUUGAAAGUUCAGAGGUGGUUUCAUUCAAAAAUUAAUUUCAAAAAACCCGCUAAUUUUGUUGCAGAUAUCAACGCGAAUGGCGGUACCACAAAGUGGAAGGAGUUUGGCUAACUCGAUCACAAUACGGUGGAAUCAAAGAGCAAACUGGAACAUAUGAAAAGGGACAUUACAAUGUGUUUGAUCAAUUACAGUGGCGAAAAAUUCCAAAAGAGCUGAAAUUGGAAUAUAAAGAGUUGGAAGAACGACCAAAAGUGCCGAAUUUGACGCAUUUGGGAAUUGCGAUUUCAGGAUCAACAUUUCCAACAACUCCAGCUGCCGCUGCUUAUAAUAUGCAUUCUGCCGCCAGCACAUCAGCCAAUGCAACAAGUAUGUGAAAUUGAGAGGGAGAAGAGUUGCUGGGGACUAGAGUGUAGUUUUGGUUUGAAAUUUGAAAAUUUUUUCUGAUGUUCGAAAAUUUACUGUUUCAAUUUUUGAUUUUCAAUAGUUUUUUUUUUGCGAAUAACUAUUUUUUCAAUACGGGCGAAAAAUUUGAUGAAAGCGGAACUAAAUCAAAAAAAAUUCGCAAAAAUAUUGUGUCUGGAAUUUUUCUCUUCAAAAAUGCUCAAUUUUUGCAGCACAAGCUAGUCUGGUGACAACAUUAAAUAAUCUUGGACUGGGUCCUGGUGGAAAUGGAGGUGGAAGUAGUGGUUCGUUGACACCUCCACCAACAUCAUCAGCGGGUAUGAAUGGAGUGAUUUUGGGUGGAAAUAGUGGAGGAGUGAUAGGUGGCGGAUUAUCACAUCAUUCAACACAACAACAACAACAACAACAACAGCAGAUAAUUGGUGGUGGAACAAGUAGUAUUGCGAGUAGUGCUAUGCCAUCUCCUGUUUCAGCGCCUGGCACUGGAACACCAGCACGAGCAACACCUAAUUAGGUAGGGGAUUUUUUGAUAUUGGAUAAGUCUAAACUUGAAAAGUUGAAGAUUUUUCUAUUAUCGUCUAGCCUGGAAUUUUUCUUAAAAAAUUUAAUUUGUGAAAAUCAAAAUUUAGAUGAAAAUUCACCAAUUUCUAGGUUAUUUUCCAAAAACUAUAAUUAAAAAAAUUUCACUGUUUUUUCGCAAAAAAUAACACUGAAAUGUUAUUGUAUUUCCAGAAAUGCAUCGAAAUGUUUAGAAAAUGUACAAACCGUUUUACAGGGUGUUUCAUAAAUAGUGUUACAACUUGCACAGCUCACCUAGGGAAGCGCAAAAGAUCAAAACUCAAUAUUAUUUGACACAAACUUAGCCGAACGUAGGUAUGACAAGAUUUGAAAAUGAAUAACAUCUCAUUUCAACUUUCACACCAUUGCCACCAGCUCAAGUGUGCCAGUGGAGGGUCACUGUUGCACGCACGACUUUUUUGAGUCAAUGAGAUCCUUUAUUUUUGAAAUUGGUCUUUUGUCGAAAGUAACUUUCGAAAACCCUUUUUGACGGGUUUAUUUCGUUAGUUUAAAACGGACAAAGUAACAGUAUUACUGUAGACUCGUAGCCGGGAGGUUAAAGUGAACCUACUUUUCGAAAUUUUCAAAAAAUAAAAUUGAGUUUUUUAGCUUUUGUGGAAAAUAUGAUUUUUUCCACUCAAUAUUUAUUAUUUCUGUGCCACAAUUGUUUUUUCUUCUAUAAAAACCUGAUUUGACCGAUUACAUCAAAAUUUAAACUCGAUUUUAACGAUAUUUUUGUCGAAAAAUCGGGAAAAUCCGAAGUUUCAGUCGAAAUUGAAGAUCUUCUUCUAAGUUCAAGAAAAAAAUAAUGAAUAUCUGGAGUUGUGUGAAAUUUUGACUAGAAACAUUGUUUACAUUAGAAAAUAUCAUAUCAAGCCAUCAAACUCAAAAAAACUAAAGAUUUCAUGGCUUUUCAUUUUUGGAAAGACCGUCGUGCCAGAAAAAGAUUUUUCGAAAAAUACGUUUUUGUUUACACGUCAUAAACAGCGUCCAAAACACAUUAAUGUCAAUUUUACAUAGAUAGCUCUUGUAGAGGAAGAAAAACCCUACAUUUUUGAUCUUACGACCAAAACCAUUGGAAUUACCCAACAUUCACAAAACUGACCUAAAGAUGAACAACUCUUGUAACACUAUUUAUGAAACACCCUUUAUAUCAUAACUAGUAAACAUUAUAAUUUUGUUUAAAAUAUUCAAAUCUUGAAACAGUGAAAUUUUUCAAAUUCUGACAUUAUUUCUUACAAAUAAAAUUAAUUUUUUGAAUUCUGAAAUUGUCUCUUUAUAGAAAUAUUUUAAAGCAAAACAUUAUCAGAAAUUUCCCUAUUUUCUUAAAACCAAAAUUCACAUUUUCUCCUUUUUUUUCCAUGACAAAAAUCUGUCAUUCAAGUAAAAACUAAUUAAAAAUAUAUCAAAAUUACUGUACUUUUUAUCAGUGUUCUUUUUGAAUGCUCAAAGUACACAGAUCUUUGAUCUAAAAACAAUAAUUUGUUUGCAGAUUUCCGAACCUCAAAAAGAAUAAUGGCAACAAUACGGUGAAAUACAAAAACUCAAAAUGGUCUCAACACAAUUCUCUACAGUACUCCUCAAUAAAAAUCGCGCGCGCCCAAUUUUUGUUUUCAUUUUUGAAAAUUUUCCCCCAUCUAUUUCUCUCGUAUUAUUUUUUCGUAUUUUUCCUUUCCCUAUCCCGAUUUCCAAAAAAAACACAGAAAAUUGUUGUAUAUUUCGAUCAUUUCAAUUUUUUGUCAAUUUUUGCUUGUUUUGUUGUCGUUGUUUCUUUUUUGUCUUGGUGUGUAUUGUCUUCAGCGAAAUCUCGUUUUUUUCUUCCAUUUUUUGUCCGUAUAAAAUUUUUUGAUAAUUUUUUCAUGAGUUUUUCUUCUGGGAUUGACACUAUAUUUUUGGUAUUUACUUUUGUCGAUGACACUUUUUUUGUUAUCAUUUGAUAACAUUUUUUAUUCUAUUUUAUUUGGAUUUUUCUCAAGCGUGAGAACUUUUUAUAUUUGUUUUUGAAGAUUUUUUUUCAAAAUGAGUUUGGCCGAAAAAGUUGGAAAUGAAAAAAAUUUGGAACUUUUGAUUGAGGGAAAAACUAAACAGAUUUUUCGAAUUCAGGGAGAAGAUGUGAGUUUUUUCGGGGAAAUUCAAAGUUAGAAAAAAAAGUUGAAAUUUGAAAUUUUUCCUCACAAUUUUAAUUUUUUUCAAAAUAAGAUUUGGCUCAAAAACUAUUGUUUUCAUAAAGUUGAAGUUCCAAAAUUCAUCUCAAUUUUUUUUUCGAAAUUUAAUUUACAGGAAAUCGUUUUGAUUCGAUCAAAAGAUUCUCUGACAGCUUUCAAUGCUGUUCGAAAAAAACGAAGUUGAUGGAAAAUCAAAAAUCGCGAAUCAAACAACUGUGAAUGUGUUCAAAUAUUUGAAAAAUGUUGGACUUCAAACACAUUUCGAAGAAGAAAUUUCGGAAACCGAAUUUAUUGCGAGAAAAUGUGAAAUGAUUCCAAUUGAAUGGGUUGCAAGAAGGUGAGAGGAAUUUCUAGAUGAAAAACAUUCAAACAAAGAACAUGUAGUAGUUUUGAAACAGUGAGAUAUUUUUUCAUGUAAAAAAUUGAAUUUUCAAGAGAAAUGAACCUAAUUUGCAUUUGAAAUAUACCUUGGCAAUGAUGGUACUUAUAACAAGAAAUCAGAUUUGCAAUGAUUUUUAAUGAAUUUUUGAAACAGUGAUAUUUUUUAUUGAAAUUUUUUUGAAAAAAUUCGAAAAUUCAACAAAAAUAUAAUUUUUUCAAAAGAUUGAAUAAUAAUUUAUUGGAGAAAAAAAAUAGAGAAAGAAAAUGAGAAUUAUACUUAAGAUUGUGAUUAAAAAAUUUAGAUCACACGAAAACAUUUUGAAGGUUUGAAACAGUGUAUUUUUUUUUUUGAUAAGUUAAUUUGAUUAACUGGAUAAAAAAACGAAAUUCAUUUUUAAUCACAUUUUGAAACAGUGUAUUUUUUUUUGAUAAGUUAAUUUGAUUAACUGGAUAAAAAAACGAAAUUCAUUUUUAAUCACAUUUUGAAACAGUGUAUUUUUUUUUGAUAAGUUAAUUUGAUUAACUGGAUAAAAAAACGAAAUUCAUUUUUAAUCACAUUUUGAAACAGUGUAUUUUUCAAAAAUUAUUAUUUCAUUUUUUACUGUAAUUUUUUUCUGACCACACUUUAGUGAUAAACGCUAUCAAAAAAACUUCUAUUGAAAUAAAUUUUGAAACAAUUUAUUUUGUCAAAACUCCAACAAUCAUCGUAGAUCAUUCCUCUCUAGAACUUCAAUAAUUUCUGAAACAAUGAAUUUUAUUUUGAAAAAAACAGUUCGAAAAAAUUGUUAAAACUGAAACUGUAGUGAAAUGUCAGCAUCUCAAAACUUUUGAAUAAAUUCUGAAAGAGCAUUUUUUCGGAGAGAGUAUUGACAAAUAAUUAAACAUUUUAGCGAUAGGGAUUCAAUAUGUAUUAAGAAUAUGCAAAUCCAGCAGAAAAACAUAUACAUUUUUAUUGAAACAGUAAUUUUUUCUAGUUUUCAAAAUUUUCAUAUUUUUGCAGAGUUGCAACUGGCUCAUUCUUGAAAAGAAAUCCAGGAGUAAAAGAAGGUUAUCGAUUCAAUGAUUUAAAAAUCGAAACAUUUUUCAAAGAUGAUGCAAAUGAUGAUCCACAAUGGACAGAUGAACAAAUUAUCUCAAAUCAUUUACAAAUUUCAAAUUUGAAAAUCGGAAAAGAAGAAAUACAAUUAAUGAAAAAACAAACAAAAUUAGUAUUUCGAGUUUUGGAAAAAGCAUGGCUUCUCUCAAAUUGUUCUUUGAUUGAUAUGAAAAUUGAAUUUGGUGUAACUUCAGAUGGAAAAAUAAUAUUAGCUGAUGUAAUUGAUAAUGAUUCAUGGAGAGUUUGGCCAGAAAAUGAUAAAAGAUUACAAUUGGAUAAACAAUUCUAUCGAGAUUUGAAAGAAGUUACAAAUGAUGCGAUUGCUCAGGUUAUCAAGAAUUAUACAAAAGUUAUGGAAAUAACAGAAAGAUUUUCGAAAAAUGAGCAAAAUGUUCGAGUUUUGAUUGUUAUGGGAUCGGAAUCCGAUGGUGUUUUUUCGAGAAAAAUUGCUGAAGAAGCGGAAAGGCUUGGAAUUCACACUGUUUCGAAAAUCAGUUCAGCUCAUAAGGUAAGAAUUUUAAGUAAACGUAUUUGACAACUAAAAACAAGAAGAUUUAUUUUAGAAAAAUCUCAUAAUUAUGUUGAAAUAAAUUUUUAAAAAUUAGAAUAAUCUUUAAAUUUUUUGGUCGACUGUGAAUCCAUAAAAGCCUAAAUUAGUUUAAACUUACAAAAUUUUUUUAGCUGUAGAAAAUUAAUUGAUAGAAAAAACUAUUAAUUAUUUUGAAACAGUGAACUUUUCAAAUUAUUUUUUUUUCAACUUUCAUUCUUCUCAAGUAAAUUUGCCAACAUUUCCGCGAAAAUAAUUUGAAACAGUGAACUUUUUCAAAACUGAAAAUAAAGCAAGAACAUUAUUUUACAGUUGAAAAACUAUUUCAAAACUAUUCGACAUUUUUCCGCUUUCACACUACGAACUGAAAAUUUCUAUUAUCAGAAAAUGUUUGAAAAUAAUUUGAAACAGUGAAUUUUUUCGGAAUAUUUUUUCACUGUUUCAAAAGAAUUAUUAAUUUUCAAAAUCUUUAAAAAUCCGAUUAUUCUUUGGAUAAUGAUUUGAAUUAAAAACUCACUGUAUUAGAAUUAAUUUAAAAGAUUCGCCAAUUUUUUUCCAGACAACAUCCGACACUCUCGAAAUCCUCUCCGAUUUGGAAUCCGAUCUUUCGCAACCAACAGUCGUAAUCGCUGUAGCUGGUAGAUCAAAUGGCCUCGGCCCAGUAAUUUCUGGCAAUUCCUCCCUUCCAGUCAUAAAUUGUCCACCACCUUCUGAUAAUUUAUCAUUGGAUAUUUGGUCAUCUCUUCGAAUGCCAUCUGGAAUUGGUUGUUCAACAGUUCUCGAUCCAAAAGAAGCUGCUUUAGCGGCUGCGAAAAUAUUAGCAACUCAUAAUCAUAUUGUUUUCGGAAGAGUUUUGACAACUCAAUUGCAACAACAAACAAAUAUUUAUGUGAGUUCCUGAUUUUUCUUUUAUCAUUGUUAAUCUGGACGAAUUUUCAGAACGCAAAUCGUGAACUUCACUAA